AUGCCCAUUGGCGGCACUAUCGCUACAGGUGGGCGGCCCACAGGCGCCGCCGCCUCCGCGGGCGGUUCUACCGGCGGGGCAACGCCCGUAGGCGGUGCUGGUGAUGUCCCGCCAGGCGGUCUACCGGCGGGUUUCCCCCGCGGGAGCAGCGGCGGUAGGCACCGCUGCCCUACGGCGUCUCACCCCACGGGCAGAGGCGCCCGAUCUGCCCGCGGGCUGCCAGCCCCGCCGGACGCAAGCCUGCUACAAGCAGGCCGCCAGCCGACUACUACAGACGCAGCCCCUGUGCUGUCUGCCUUCAGCUGUGCUGCAUGCACGUAG